AUGGAUAACGCAUCUGCCUUCGGAGCAGAAGACUACAGGUUCGAAUCCUGCCGUGGUCGACAGUCUGUCCAGUUCCAUUUCAUCGCAUUGCCUGCUUCGCCUUUGAAUUUUCGGCAUAUAUUCGCUUGCGAGUAUUUGAAGAAGCCAUCAUAUGCAGUUGGAUCAAUCGGGCCGCGUGGCGCAAUGGAUGGCGCGUCUGAAUACGGAACGAGAGAUUACACUUUCGGAUCCUGCCGUGGUCGACACUUUGUCCAGUUCCAUUUCAUCGCAUUGCCUGCUUCUUCUGGAAAAUUUCGGCAUCUGUACGAAAGCGAGUAA